GCAGGAGGGUAGUGAAUGGGUCUUGCACGCAAAGCAGAAAAGAGCUGAAACUGCAGAGAUUUACUUUGGUACAGUUGCCUGCACCCGAAAGAGAGCGAGAGGUGUGUGCGUGUUUGACAGCCAAAAGAACUACGAAACCUUCAAUUCAUAUUUUUUGUGAUUACUGGUGCUGGUCCUGUCGUGGCUUUUGCUUUUGGUGCUUCAGCUGAUGCUGAGAUGAAGGAGAAACCCUGAGCGCGUCUGGCACAUCGGGGUAUCCACAGGCACCGGGACGGCGCAUCUCCACUGAGAAACACGGGGAGAGGGGAAGAAAGGUCACUUUGGAGUUCUGCACAUGGAUUUUAUAUCUCAAAGUUUUUGAGAGUCAUGUUAAUCAAAAAUAAUAAUUCUAUACACGUUUUCCUACACUAAUGAUUGAUUUUGCUUUCCUCCUGUGCGCACCGGAAUCGAGCUUGUUUGCUGCGUGUUCGUUUGUUUUUUGAAGGGAAUGUUCUGUAUCACAGCACGGAUAACGGACCCAUAACUCAGUCUGGCUUUCUUGGCACAUAUGUGGAUCCUAUCCAGGAUGUUACAGUCUAAGCGGCCCAGGCAUCAUUGGGCCACCGUACGCUACCAUCACCACAUAUCACCACAUAGCUGGGGAUCCUGCUGUGUCUAGGAAUUAUCUACCCUCCAUACUCUGCCUCCGUCUGGGGGAAGAAAGCGGAUUUUUAUCCAAUAAGUGAUUUGGUGAACAUUGACAUUGGCUUUACGAGUCUCAUCUCUGGGCUACUAUGCAAUUACAACUGAUCUCCUUUGUUUUGAUCAUCUUGCACUGCAUGGAUUACAAUGGUUGUCAGCAGCACAGCAGCUCCAGGAAUCGGCAUAAACAGAUCUCUGGCGUGAGCUCAGGGUGCCAGCAGGGUGGCUGUCUGACCUGCUCUGACUACAAUGGCUGCCUGUCCUGCAAGCCACGCUUCUUCAUGCAUUUGGAGAGGAUUGGGAUGAAGCAGAUCGGGGUGUGCAUGACUUCCUGCCCUCCAGGCUUUUACGGCACACGCUCCCCAGAAAGAAACACCUGCACAAAGUGCAGGUCGGAGUGCGACUCCUGCUUCAACAAGAACUUCUGCACACGCUGCCGAGCAGAUUUCUACCUUCACCUGGGCAAGUGCCUGGAGAACUGCCCCGAGGGGCUGGUCCGCAGCGAUAUACAGAGAGAGUGUAUUCCCAAGUGCCCUGCAGACUGUGAGUCGUGUACGAACAGUGAGACAUGCACACGGUGCCGGCCAGACCUCUACCAGCUCAGUGGAAGGUGCCACCAUGUCUGUCCAGAGGACUACGAGCCCAAUGACAAACUCAUGGAGUGCACAGCACAAGUGAACUGCGAGGUGGGUGAGUGGAGCGAGUGGAGCCCCUGCACUCGGUCCGGUAGAACCUGUGGGUUCAAGCGUGGCCAGGAGACCCGUACACGGCAGGUCCUCCAGCACCCUUCACCCUUUGGCAACCCCUGUCCUGAGAUCUCGGAGAUCAAAGAGUGCCUGGUCAAGAGGAAGAAAUGUCCCGGAGUGCACAGGAAGAGUGAGCGAAGAGAACGGAGGAAUCGCAACAACCGGAAAGAAAAGGAGACCCAAGAGGGGCGACGGGAGAGGAAGAGAGAGAGAGAGAGACACACAAGUGAACGUGAAGACUCUGAUAACAGGAACAAAACAGAGCACAGGCACCGCCGAGGCCAUGACACAGAACCAAUCUCCCCUCAAAGCGCCCUUGUACAGUAGUGCUCUGGACAGACAACAUCUAGCACCUCCCCAUUCUCCUCCCAUUGAUCCUUCUCCUAACUUCCCCACCCCCACCCACUGUUCACCCCCUCGACCCCUCUCUGCAGGGGUGUUGCUGCUACCUGUAUGAUUUGAAUAUAAUUUUUAUGCACAAGCGGGAUGGGGCACAUUCAGCCACAAGGCUUCAGCCACUAUGGACUUUAAAAAGUAUUUUUUUCCUACCCUGUAGCCUCCCUUCACUUUCACCACUGAGAGUGUCUCUAUUGAAAAGUGCAGUAGACACUGUUGAGACUACUGUCGGGACUGAAGACAAAGUGAGAAAUGUCUGUGACUGCGUGGAGGACUGGCAGACAGACGGACAGAGAGUAAAAGACGUUAUUUGCUAUCUAUAUGCUUGUAGAUAUGGUUAUUUAAUGGGGCCCUGGUACAACAUUGCGCAUCUUGGUUUUUGAAUGUAGAAUUUGCAACAUUAUGUAGAACAUUUGUUUAUUAUUGUUGUUCCUGUUCUUUAGAUCUCUUUAUUUUAUUUGGUGCAGAAUUUGUAAAGAAAAAACAAAAAGUGAGUAUUGCCAUCUUGUGACAUCAUCAUCACUACCAAUGACAUGUCGGAGAAUCUGCAUGCUGUGAAUCAAAAGGAGUACGGUCAGAAACUGAAAACCAUUUCCAUUUGUUCCGUAUGUCUUGGACAAAAGCUAGUUUUAUCUAAAGAAGUCAAAUCUAUCAUUGUUUUAUUAUUUUUGUGUAAAUGGAAUCUAUGCUCUCAGUAAAGCUCCUUGACUAGGAUCCAAAAGCACCUGUAUGUCAAAUAAAACUAUAAUGGGUUUGUA